CCGGAGCUCCCGAAUGCCCAUUCCUGGGUGUGCAGCAGAGCUGGCCAUUGCAGCUGCGGAGGAGAGGACUGCACUGCGAGCUGAGCGGGAACAGCCCCUUGCCAUCACUCAGGCCCCACGGGCACGGGAUGCUCACAAUGCCAAUGGCUGAGGGUGCCUCGGGGGCUGCUGCUGGAGGAGCCAGAAACGCACAAGGAGCAUUUGAGGCACGGCAAGGACAGCUCCUGGCUCUGCCUGCUCCCGCCGCCUCUCCCUUUGCUCCCGCCGAGAGUGGUUUCCGGCAGCUCCGUUCUCUCUCGGGGCUGGGACUCCGGCAGCUCCGUUCUCUCUCGGGGCUGGGACUCCGGCAGCUCCGUUCUCUCUCGGGGCUGGGACUCCGGCAGCUCCGUUCUCUCUCGGGGCUGGGACGUGCUUUCUGCCUCACUCAGCAAACACUUGGUCACUCAGCAGCUUGCUCUCGGCAUGCACCUGGCAUAUCUCAUCCUCACCGUCUUCCUGGGCCAGCUCCUGGGCUCCACGGGGCAGGACACGGUCACCCAGGAAGAUGGAGCAGUCACGGUGAAGCAGGGACAGCCCUUCCACACCACCUGCAAAUACCACAGCAGUUAUUUUACUGCCUUGCUCUGGUACCAGCUGAGGAAAGGCCAAGCCCCACAGCUGAUCUCCUAUCAAGCAGGGACUGGCCCCAGGCCCAGUGGCCGAAUCACCACAUACCUGAACACCACGAGCAAAUCCAGUGUCCUGCGGCUGGAGGAAGUGGAGCUCUCUGACACUGCCUUGUACCUCUGUGCUGUGCAAGACACCCUGGUGCAGAGAGCUUCCUCAGCUGUGCAACAACCCAGGGCAGGGAGGGGAUGUGUCAGUGCAAGGCUGAGCUUGGGGAAGGACCCUGAUGGCACCCCAGUGCUCACCAGAAUUUGCAUCCACACGUGUGUACAAUGGUCUGAUGGUUUUGAUUACGUCCGUCCUGACACUCCCCUUGGGAAAGGAUUUUGGACUACUUUGACUCAUUUCCAUCCUAUUGUGCAGUCUGUAAGGAAAGAAAAAUAUCCCCUGUGCUUGCCUGGGACCUUGUCCAUCCACGCUCCAGCCCUGCUGCUUUUGGCCCCACGUGUCCUCAGCAGAGCCCAGGCCUGGUUGUGUGUUGCUGCCUGGGGUGCCCUUGGAGCAGCCCCGUUUGCAUGGACACACGUGAAGCACGGAUUUGUCUGUGGCUCCCCACUGGACAGCACGGCCCUGUGUGUGUCCCUGAUCGGGAGGGAAUGUCCUGACCAUGCCAGGGACAGCGAGCACUGUCCUGGCCCUGAACAGCAGAGAGCAGCAGCUGCCCAGGCUCACGAACAGCCUGAGAGCGGCUGA